AUGGCGUCCGCAUCGAUCACCUUCGUGCUGAACCGUCUGGGGGAGCUGGCCGUGAAGGAGGCGGCGCUGCUGAGCGGCGUGGGCGACGACAUCCGGCUGCUCCGGGACAAGCUGGAGUGGCUGCAGACGUUCAUCCAGGACGCCGACCAGGAGCGCCGGGAGGGCGCCAACCAGUACGUCGGCCUCUGGGUCCGCCAGACCCGCGACGUCGCGCACGAGGUGGAGGACGUCCUCGACGACUUCCUCCGCCGCCUCGACCUCGACACGCUGCAGCGAGGAGCCCCCGCCUGGAGGAGGUACCUCGCCCUCGCCGCCUCCUGCACCACCCAGGUCUCCGUCCGCCAUGACCUAAGGGGCCGGAUGAACGGCAUCAAGGACAGGCUCAAGGAGAUCUCCGACAACGUCGAUAAGUACAAGAUCAGGAAGCUGCGCCCCGCGCCCCACGGCGCUUCCUCGUCGGCGGCGCACAACACCAUCAACACCGUCGACGCAUGGGAUGAGGUGACCGAAGUGGUUGGCUUUGAAGCUGAACGUGUAACCCUGAAAGAACGUCUUCUGGAAGGUGACACUAGCAGAUCUGUCAUUUCAGUUGUUGGGGAGAGCGGCAUUGGGAAAUCUACACUUGCAUGGGAAGUGUAUGACAGUCCUAUCAUUAGGAAGGAGUUUGAUGUACGGGCUUGGAUCAAUGUCCCACCACAAAUCAGAGAUGAUGACAUCUUGUACUUCAUCUACAAGCGUGUGUGCCCGGAGACCGAUGACCACUCUUCAGUCACAGAAAAAGUUCAUGAGGCCCUCUCAUUGUACCUGGUGGAUAAACGCUACCUGGUGAUGAUUGAUGGCCUCGUCAAUUUCACCAACUGGAACUCCAUUCUCCAAAGCCUACCGCAGAACAAGAAAGGGAGCAGAAUUAUGAUCAUCACUCGCCUCGAGGACAAAGAAGCUGCAUACACUAAUCCGAAAGUUCGUCCACUCAAGAUACACAAUCUCAAAGAAGAAGAUAGCAAAAAGAUGUUUCAGCGCAGAGUCUUUGGGGUCGACGACCAGUUCCAGGAGAAGAUCUUUGGUAGCAGGAUCUCACAAUCCGAGCAGCUGAUGGACAAGGCUUGUGAGGACAUGCUCCAGAUAACACGUGGACUUCCCCUGGCGAUCGUGGUGCUUGCCGGGCUUCUUCGGACAAAGAGCAUAUCAGAGUGGGACAAGGUCCUGAAGAAGCUCAAGUCUAGCGAUGAGCCAAAGCAAGUGAAGAGGAUCUUGGCUCUAAGCUUUGACGAUCUCCCGAGCCGGCUCAAGUCCUGCUUCCUGUAUUUUGCAGGGAUGCCAGAGAAUCUGAUCUACAACGCUAGGCGUCUCGUGCGGCUAUGGGCCGCAGAGGGGUUUCUGAAGCCGAAGAAGGGGAAGACCAUGGAGGACAUUGGUCAAAACUACCUCAAGGAACUGAUCUCGAGGGGGAUGAUCCACCUGGUGAAGAGGGACCUGAGUGGUGGCGUUUGGCUUGUUGCCAUCCAUGACCGUCUCCAUGCUUUUGCACAGGCAGAAGCACAGGAGGCAAGUUUCCUCGAGGUACAUGACAGUGCUGACCUCCUCGCACCUGGUUCCGUUCGCCGCCUAUACCUCCAGAACUACAUGAAGUCGUAUAUACCCAUAGGCACCUCGUUCCCUAAGAUGAGGUCCAUCUUGGGUGAUUUUGCCGAGGAGAGAUCGAGCAACAUGGAGGCAGCCAUAGUAAGAGCGCAUGGCCCAUUGAAGAACCAAGGCAACAACAGUGAUCUACGCAACCACACUCUCCAUUUUCUCCCGGCAUCGAAGUUCCUCCGUGUAAUCGAUCUCCGGGGGUUAAGGAUAAAAAAGGUGCCUCGUGCAAUCGGGGACAUGAUCCAUGUAAGAUACCUAGGCCUCCGGAGCCGGUCCCUUGUCGAGCUCCCUUCUUCGGUUGCACGUCUCAUCAACCUUCAGACACUUGACAUAAAGAGGACCGAAGUGAAGAAGGUGACAAAAGCAUUCUGGGAGAUCCCAACGCUGCGACACGUUGUUGCCAACAGGCUGGAAUUGCCCAAGUCAGCCGGGGUGCUCAACAACAUGCAAACACUCACAGGCCUAGUCUGCUCUGAUCCAUCAAGCAACAACAUCAAACCUUUACACAACAUGGUGUAUCUUCGCUCCUUGCAGAUGUCAGGUUUGGGUGAGCAGCAUUGGAAAGCACUUCAAGACGUCUUGAAGAAGCUGGAGUCACUCAUGUACAUGCACCUUGCUGGGGAUGACAUACCUUUCAAACUGUUCACGAAGUUCACACUCCGCCGCCUGCAGAUCCUAGAGCUGACUGGGAAGAUCGACACAUCAGGCGUCGGCACGGAGGACCAGUACACACUGCCCAAUGUCACAAGGCUCGUGCUCAAGCUAUCCAUGGUGGACCAGAUGUUCAUCGACAAGAUAGGUGAGCUCCCAAGCCUCAUGGAGCUUGUCUUGUCUGACGACUCCUACAGCGGGAAGAAGCUCUUGCUCUCUAACAAUGGAUUCAACAAUGUGACAAGCCUGGUGAUGACAAACCUGACAAAAGUAGAAGAGUGGACAAUAAGGCCCAGGUCCAUCCCAAAGAUUAGAAGGAUUGUUCUGUCUGGUUGCUCCAAGAUGAAGAUCAAGCUUGAAGGGAAAGAAGGGGAAGCAGGCUUAAGAGGUUUGAUGGAAGAUCUCAAGGAAGUUGUGGUCUACAACAUGCCUCCUGCGGAUUCAAUCAUGGUUGAGCCUGCAAAUCCUGCCUUCAGGAAGAAGAUCAACCGCGUGGCCCUAAAAACGAAGAGCGAGGACAUAACUGACGUGAUGCAGCGAGGCGGAAGGUGGAGGGCAGGUCUGAUGGCUGAAAACAUGUUCCACAACUAG